UAGUAAGCCAGGUUUUGUUUAUGGAAUGUUGUUGUUGUUUUUUGUCGGCUAAUCGGCUGUAAACUGCAAACGAAGUACCUAAAUAUAGUGCGACUGAAUACUUGAUGUCUUCAUACUGCAAUGUUGGAGAUACACCAGACGUGUAUUCCUUUCUAGUUUGAGAGAAUCUCUUACUCAGCAGGAACCUAUAAGCUGUGAUCCUAAUAUUGAUUAAAACAAGACCUGUGUGCACAUCGUGACUUGAAGCCAUCCACCAGAAAACCAGUAAUGCCGUUCAAACGUGUCACAACAGUCAAAUGUGAAGUGUGUUCAAAGUCUUAUAUAGGUAAACACACUCUAAAACUGCACAUGCGCGCCCAUACUGGAGAAAGACCGUUCAAAUGUGGAUUAUGUUUGAAAGAUUUCUCUACCAAGAGUAACAUUCUACAGCAUAUGAACGUUCACGCUGGUGGAAAAUGUACCAAAUGUGAAGUCUGCUCAAAGUGUUGUAGGAGUACAUACGAUCUAGAAAUACACAUGCGCGUCCACACUGGAGAGAGACCGUUCAAAUGUGGAAUGUGUUUAAAAUAUUUGUCUCACAAGAGCAGCAUUAUAAGACAUAUGAGAAUUCAUGCUGAUGAAAAACAUUUCAAAUGUGAUGUAUGCAAAAAAACAUUCAGAGAAAACUGUACUUUGAAAGAGCAUAAUAUUUGUUUUCACUCGGGAGAAGAGCAUUUCCAAUGUGAAGUGUGCACAAAAAGAUUUACAAAAUCUAGGGACUUAAAAAUACAUAUAUUGAGUCACACUGGUGAGAAACCUUUCAAAUGUGAUGUAUGUAUAAAAUGUUUUACCACAUCUAGAGGCAUAAAACGUCAUAUUUCGAGUCAUACUCAUGAAAAACCUUUCAAAUGUAAUAUGUGCACAAAAUGUUUUUCACAGAGUUUCAGUUUGAAAGAGCAUAAAAUGCUUCAUACUGGUGAGGAAGUUUUCAAAUGUGAUGUGUGCACGAAAUGUUUUACAACCAAUAACAACUUGAAACAACACAUGUCUGUUCAUACUGGUGAGAGACCUUUCAAAUGUGAUGUGUGCACGAAAUGUUUUACAACCAAUAACAACUUGAAACAACACAUGUCUGUUCAUACUGGUGAGAGACCUUUCAAAUGUGAUGUGUGCACGAAAUGUUUUACAACCAAUAACAACUUGAAACAACACAUGUCUGUUCAUACUGGUGAGGAAGUUUUCAAAUGUGAUGUGUGCACGAAAUGUUUUACAACCAAUAACAACUUGAAACAACACAUGUCUGUUCAUACUGGUGAGGAAGUUUUCAAAUGUGAUGUGUGCACGAAAUGUUUUACAACCAAUAACAACUUGAAACAACACAUGUCUGUUCAUACUGGUGAGGAAGUUUUCAAAUGUGAUGUGUGCACGAAAUGUUUUACAACCAAUAACAACUUGAAACAACACAUGUCUGUUCAUACUGGUGAGGAAGUUUUCAAAUGUGAUGUGUGCACGAAAUGUUUUACAACCAAUAACAACUUGAAACAACACAUGUCUGUUCAUACUGGUGAGAGACCUUUCAAAUGUGAUGUGUGCACGAAAUGUUUUACAACCAAUAACAACUUGAAACAACACAUGUCUGUUCAUACUGGUGAGAGACCUUUCAAAUGUGAUGUGUGCACGAAAUGUUUUACAACCAAUAACAACUUGAAACAACACAUGUCUGUUCAUACUGGUGAGGAAGUUUUCAAAUGUGAUGUGUGCACGAAAUGUUUUACAACCAAUAACAACUUGAAACAACACAUGUCUGUUCAUACUGGUGAGGAAGUUUUCAAAUGUGAUGUGUGCACGAAAUGUUUUACAACCAAUAACAACUUGAAACAACACAUGUCUGUUCAUACUGGUGAGGAAGUUUCAAAUGUGAUGUGUGCACGAAAUGUUUUACAACCAAUAACAACUUGA